GUUCAAACAAAAAUAUAUUCAACAUAAUCAAAGCAGUUAAAUGGCAAAGAGAACCCGUCAAUCUCACAGACUGUUAGAGAAGGAAUUACAAUUUAAUAUUAAAGAGCUUAAUACAACCAGAGAUGAUAUUAAAAGAGAACUACAAAGGACUGCACAAUUUUUCAAGCUUGAAAUAAGCAAAAUGGUCAGUGAUUACAUCAUAGAGAUGCCCAUGCAACUCAAAACAGCAACCUAUGGCGAAUUGAAAAAAGGAAUAAAUUUGGAGUCGUCUUCCAUGUUUUCUUCAAAACUUGAUUCUACACAGAUGGAUAAGUCGGCGGAACCUAAAAAGCCAGCUCCACUAAGGAAAAUUACCAGACAAUCCAGGUCUGCUACAAGGGCCAAAUAUGUUACUCCAGCGAACAGACGCAGAGCCCAGUCUUAUGAUCCAAUCACUCCUAAAGUGGAGCCGAACACCCCCCAAAUGAUUUUGCGCACACCCCGACCGGGUGAGAUGGUGCUGUCGCUGCACGGCAGCCCCCUCUACACGGGCGUGGUGGCUUCGGAGAAGAACCCGAACGUCACCAUACCGAUGGGCGACGGCAGACACAUAACCGUCCAUCCGAGGGGAAACCUGAGGUGCUCCUCGGUGCCGGACCUGGACGCGGAGACGUUGCGCGGCCUGGCGCAGCUGCGCGACAACCUGGACACGCUGGUCCAGUUGCGCAGAACCUGAUGUGUUGUACUUGAUUUAAUUUAGUUUCGGCAAUAAACGUUGACGUGCCGCCA